AUGGAGAAGAAGAAGGAGAAGAAGAAGAAGAAGAAGAAGAAGAAGAAGAAGAAGAAGCAGUUGUUCGGUCGUGAUUCGAUUACGCCGUCCGAGUUGCUUGUAAGUACCACAAACUUUCGGCUUCUUCUUCUUCUUCUUCUUCUCCAUUUGCUUGAGGUGCAAUCUCGUGCGUAUAAUCAUCAUUCUUAUUUAUAUAACUCUUCACGGGUUUGUCCUUAGCUCCGGUUUCAAAAGUCUUGUCUUCUCUUUAUAACUCCUGAGAUUCUAUUCUCUGAUGCCACGUUAAGUAUCUUUCUAUUUUGUUUUGAAUGAAGUUUAGUUCCGCCGCCCAAAAGCUAUCAGUCAUCUGGAAUUCCCCCGAUGACGUCGUCGUCGUCGUCCCAAAUCCCCACAAAGGUGAAGAGUGCACACUGUCUCUGCGUCUCGCCGCCCCCAUCGAUCGGGGACCCUUUCGGUCCCCGCCGGCGCCGGUUCUUCCGCCCGUCCCCCGCUUUCCUUUCCCAACUCAUCAUCUGUUUUCUUCGGUCGAAAUUGUGCCCUCCGGCACCGAUUUCCGUCCGCCUCUCUUCUCGCGACGCCCACUCAGAAGCUCGGAGAGAAAUGGAGUAAAUUCUUUCAUUUUUCAGUUUUUUUCGCAUUCAAAGACGAGGAAAUGGUGGCCGACAACUCGGAAAAGUCGACAAAGUCUGUGGCCAACGGAUCGUUGAUCAGCACAGUUUCGUGCAAAGACGAACUGCCGAAUGCGAUCAUUGUGACUCAGGUGCCAGAAGACGUGAGUUCGGUAGAGCGCGCUUCCGUUCUGAAUGAAAUCAGUUGCAGGUGUUCGACAACAAAGCAGAUAAGGCCAACUUCUCCUCGUUGUUCACACAAAUCGAAAAGGACAUCCAUUUCGAUUUUCUGCGCAGUUUCCGACGAGUCCGUGUCAUCUUCAGGUGAGUAUUUCAACGGAUACGUGCAAUUUCCCCCGACUCCCGAACGCUUUUUGCCAAAUUGUCAAUUUCCCGUUUCUUUCAGCUCACCGGAGAACGCCACCGCCGCCAAACUGAUCGUCCAGGGAUUCUCGUUCAAAGGACACGAACUAAAAGCGUUCUUCGCGCAGAGGAUCUACAUGAGCGCCAAUUCGGGACUGAUGCUGCAGCCGCCGCCGCUCGAGAAACAGUUUCUGAUCUCUCCGCCCUGUUCGCCGCCCGUCGGAUGGGAACAGACCAAGGAAAUGGCUCCGGUCGUUUGCAACUUUGAUCUGAUGGCCAGACUCGCUUCGUUUGCGAUUGACGAGAAGUGAGUCGAUCCCGGACCGUUCUCCUCGAUUCCAUGCGCUCUCUUUCAGAUACGAAGUGCACAACGGCGACGAGUCGACCCCCACAAUCGUGGUGCAUCCGUGCGAGACCCCUCUGGACAUGCCGUCCGCAAUGGAAAUGCCACGUACUCCCCGCCCGUCGUCUCCCACCGAAGACGCCGAAUAA